AGGGAGCAGCUGCCCUGUACUUCCAUUGUACCCUGUUGGUCACGCUCUGGUCAGACUCCCUUCUGUUUGUUGCCACAAGAGGGAGCCCUUGAGGCGUCCAGUCUCCCAAAGCCACUGGGUGCCUGCAAAGACCCCAGAAAACCCCGGUUUGGUCUCCCUGUGAAACAGACGGCCCAGCCCCCGCCCCCCGCCCAUCUGCAUCUGGCCCCCUUCCCUCUAUGGUAGUUUGGCUGCCCCUUGCCAAAUUCAGAUGAUCACCUGGGAGUCCUCUGCCCAUAGGCUGCAGAUGGGGAAGGGGGGGUUACACUGGCCAGGCUGCUCCCACCAGUGCUGCUCUCCAGUCAGCCCCGGGCUGAAGCCCACAGGCGCUUUUCUCUGGCCUCCAUUGGGGAGACGGGACUUUCUCAGGGCAGGAAGCGUCCGUGGAACUGUAGCAGCAGUUUCCGGAAGGCCCAGCACAAGCCCUGGGCAGCUGCACGGCGUCCCACUCGCCCCCCGUCAGUCAGACUCGGCCACUGGAGGAGGCCUCUGUUCCUGGGUUCCCUGCCUGCUUGUAAGCAGAGGUGCCAGAACCUGAUUACAGAUUUGGUUUCUGGCUUCCCACAGAGAAAAGCCUCUCCAGCUGCCUGGAGCACUUGGUCUGGUGGGACGGGAGCCCUGCGUGCCAUGGAGCAGCCCACCUGCCCACCCGUAAAUGCUUGGUUGGGCUCCUCCUGCACAGGGCGUGUUGCAGGGACCGGCUCCGGCUGACACAGCCCUGGGGCCACUCAGGAGGGAGGAGAGCAGAGGGUUUUUGCAGCGCCAGGCCCUGGGGUGGCUGCACCUGCUGAGGUCAACAAAACUGGGCUCUCCUUGCCCACCGAGCUGAGCAAGCAAAGCAGGGCCGCUCCAAACUGAAAGCUCAUGAAAUAACUCUCCCAGGACAAAGGGAGGGUGGGGGGGGGAGCUGACUCUGUUUGCAUUAUACUUUAAUCCAGCAUUCUUGGUUUGGGUCACAUGUUGAUCAAUACUGCUGGCCUGGGACUCUGCCACCCGCUAUAAAUGGUGGGGCUCGGCGGCGGAUUUUCAGCGGCAGAAGCAAAUUUUGGUGCAACCGGUAGGGUUCCUCCGCUUCGCUUUUUUUCCUGGGCUUGACGGUGCCUUUUGCGUGGGGCUCUUUCCCAACUGGGGUUGAACCCGAUAAGAGGAAAAGGGCAAACGGAGGAAGUCUGUCCUCUGUCUUGGCCAGAUGGCCGAGGUCCUUGGAAGCGGUAAACAAGGGAUCUCUUCUCUUGGCUAAAUAUGCCGGGAUCCCUUUUCUGCUUCCCAAGAUUUUACUGGGAUGGGAGGCAUUGGCUUCUUCCUUCAUAUUGCUAGUUUUCCCCCUUUCUCUCUCGCAAAUGCAUCCGGCUUCUCUUAUCAUUGGCAAGUACCCCUUGGCGAGUCUUUCGCCAUGCCUCUCUUCCCAUGCCACUCCCAAGCCGGGGAAUGGCCCCAGCUUCUCCCCUGGACCGAAGAGAUGCCAGAAGAUGGGAGGGGGUGGUAGCCCUUCUGGAGCACCCUGGGCAGGGUGGAGGCUGUGUGCCACCCGUGCUGUGCCUUCCCUCCCCAGGGAGCAGCCCCCUUUCACCAUGGCCUUGGACCAUCAGACCUCGAAGCAGCUGCAAGCCACUUCCAAGAUCGCCCUCUUUGAGCAGGAGAACUUCCAGGGGCGCUGCCAGGAGCUGAACACGCCUUGCCCCAACUUGAAGGAGGCCGGGAUAGAGAAAGUCAGCUCCAUCGUGGUGCAUUCUGGCCCGUGGGUGGGAUAUGAGCAGGCCCACUUCAAAGGGGAGCAGUUCAUCUUUGAGAAGGGGGAGUAUCCCCGCUGGGACUCCUGGACCAGCAGCCGCAGGAGCGACAGCAUCUGUGCCUUGAGGCCCAUCAAAGUGGUGAGUGCCCAAAGGCAGGGGAGGGAUAGCCCUUGGCGUGGCAGCCAGCCCCCACCACAAGCUUCUUGCAACUGUUUUCUGCCAUGGGGAGGGAUGAUGAUGGCAGCCAGGCAGAGCCACCAGAGGAGGGUGGUGGUGGCCACGAGAAAGCCGGGAGCAACCGCGGGAGGAGGGAGAAGGUGCCCAGAGACCCCCCUUGCCUUGCCCCUCAGUCGGGCGGGCUACGGAGAGCACCUGAACUGGGGAGCACUUCAGGUUUGGGCCUGGGGAGCUCAGCCAGGACCCCCACCCCACUCGGCUGGGGCCCUCCCUCUGCUCCCCUCCUCCCCUGCGUCCCUGCAGGAUAGCCAGGAGCACAAGAUUGUCCUGUACGAGAAUCCCAGCUUCAGCGGCAAGAAGAUCGAAAUUGUGGAUGACGAUGUGCCCAGCUUCCAUGCCUACGGCUACCAGGAGAAGGUGUCUUCUGUGCGAGUGCAGAGUGGCACGUGGGUGGGCUACCAGUACCCUGGCUACCGUGGGUACCAGUGCCUGUUUGAGAAGGGCGACUACAAGGACAACCUCGAGUUCGGAGCCCAGCAGCCUCACAUCCAGUCGGUCCGGCGCAUCCGGGACAUGCAGUGGCACCAGCAGGGCGCCUUCUACCGCACCAGCUAAACCCCGGGAGGGCCCCGGAGUGCCCCCCUUUGCCUCCCGGUCUUCCUCCGCCACCCGGCCGGGCCCCCUCUCCACUCGCUGCCUCUGCUUCUGCUUCCAACCCUAAAUAAAGCUUUUGUCAUCUGAAAUGCUCUUCC